AAAAACUGACGCUCAAUUUAGUUAGUUGUAUUCUUUAAAAUGGAUUAUGAAAGUUUUCAAAAUGUUUAAUGGUCAACAAAUAAUCAAAACAAUCCUUUUAGUUGGAUUUUUUCUAACUGUUGGAACGAGAACAGUUGAGACACAAGACAUAAUUUCAAGCACAAGUACAAAUCAAACACAAACAAAAUCAGAAAAAGACGCAUCGUCUGAUCAACAUACGAUUGUAAUUAAAGAUUCAUCUGUCUCUAUUGUCGUUUAUAUAAUCUUGGGACUAAUUCUUCUUAUCGUGAUUGGUUGUUUUGUCUUCUUUAUUAUUCGUCAAAGACGUACGAAUCAAGCGAAUUCUUCUAAUGACACUGAGUCCAACGACAGACGCACACCAGAAAGGUUAGGUGGACAAGAGGAUGAUCAUAGAACAGGAACUAAUGAAACCGGUCCUAAGAUACCAUAUCGUAGAAAUGACAGACACCAGGCUUGGGUGGAUAGCAAUCAAGGUAGUGAUUUAAGUAGGGGCAAUGAUUUUGAGAAAGAUGAUAUUUCCGAAAAUGAUUACAAGAAAGCCACUAAAAAAGAUACACGUAAGAAGAAAAAAGCGCGAACUUCACCCACAAGAAAAGCAUCAGCGAUCAAUUCAAGCGUGUCCCAACGUAACAGGAAUCGUGUUUCGCCUACAAGAACAAGAACGGGCGUCGAUAAUUGCACUGAUGAUGAAGGCGCAAGAUCAAGAGAAAGAAAGAAGCGUAAAAAAACAAAGAAAUGA